AAAUUCACAAAGGAUGUCUCAUUUCCUUCAGGCUAUAGAGCAGCACAUAUAAAAAGGUGAUCCUUCGGGGACCUUCUCUAUCCAUUCUUCUUUGUCAAUUGUCCUUUAGAGAACUGAUCACCCCCCAAUCUUUCCAAGAUGUCCGGUGGUGGAAACCAGUGCUUCGCCAGCUGCCCAGCCUCAACAGUGACCAUCCAGCCUCCCCCCUUCGUCCUGACCAUCCCGGGACCCGCUCUGUAUUGCCCCAACCAACCUAUGGCUAUUGAGCAGCACAACCCAUGCGCCGGCAGCGGCUACGGUAUGGGUGGCCCUGCUCUUUACGCUAGCAAUUCUGGCACCUCCAACGUGUCCAGCUUCUACUCUCGGGCUCUGCCAAGCAGCUCCUUCAGCACCAACUCCUUUCGGUAUUGAUCGCAAGAGAACGGGGAUGAAGGAAGAACCAGGAGGCCGUUGUCCAGAUACUCAGCUGGCGGUGCUUUCCGAAUACCUGACUUUCCAUAGCCGCGUGUCUUGAAGAAGCACUGAAACACGGAUGGCCAACAACUUGGCACUUCAGUCAUAACUUUUCAAUGCAUGUCUUACGUUUCACAUUUCUGUCAUGUCUGUGUCUUAUUUCUUAUGUGUGCCGGUCAAUAAAGCUUGGGUAACUUUGCAUGAA